CAUACAAGUCGUGUGUGUCUGUCGUCUGUCAGGUUGACGCCAUGUCCAUGCCCAUGAGCCCAUGAUUAUUAUAAAUUAUAAUUAAUAAUUAUGCAUGAUGGCAUGAUGAUGAAAUGAAAGUUCAAAGAGUUCAUGGCUUCAGUUCAAUGUUCAAUCGUUAAAUCAAAGUGCACAACUGCAGUGUGCAAAGUAUGCAAAUGAAACACAUGAAAGAAAGAAGUCUUUGUGUGAAGGAAGGAAGUGUAAUCGAUCAUGGGCUUGGAUGCUGCUUUAAGAUUUUGUGAAUGUCCAUGCUGGAGUAUGGUUCUGCAAUUUUCUAUAAUUCUAAAGGCCCUGCCAAAAAUAAUAUAAAAGUGGCUGAAACAACUAGCCUUCGACAAAUUACUAGAAUGCGUCAUCCUGAUAAUCCACUUCACAAUCCAUCCAACAGAAUGCUGUACGAGGAAACUGGAAUUGAACCUAUUAAUGAGAGACUCAAUAAGCUGUUUAAAUAUCUCUUUAUUAAUGACAGUAACAAAAAUUUGAUUGAGCCCCACAUUGUGAAGAUACCAGAGGACAGUGCCCGUAGAUAUCCAGGAAGAACUCUUUUUGAAGAAGUCUGCUACACAUCAAGACAAUAAACAACUCUAUUCAAAUCAUCAUCUGUAUUGUAACUAAUUGUCAGUGAUAUUGUGAUUACCGCCACAUACAAAUAUUUUUUUUUUUUUUAAUUAUUGUAUUGUAUUAAUAUUAACAAAAAACAUAUAUUGUAAUAAUGUAUAUUAAUUGUGUAAAUUGGCUGAAAGACUUCGGUCGAUGGCCUUUUGGUACAUUGUAUCAAUAAAGUAUGUUUCUCUCUCUC